GAGACGAAAUUUCGUCGCUCGGUUUUGUUCUCACGUGGGAUUCGGAUUUAGUUUGGGGUUUGAAAUUCGACAAGGUUUUCGACAAGGUUUCGACAAGGUUUUUGGUAAGGUGUUCGACACGGUUUUCGGCAAGGCAAGUAUCCAAAUUCAAAAAAACUAUCCAUAAUCUGGCGGAACUUGACCUCAUCAAUCAUGGACGCCAACCUCCCCAAAGAAAUUCCAGUCGCCCUCGAAAUGCCGAACAUAUCGGAAAAGAUGUCGAAUCUCACCGCCACCACGUCGACAUCAACGUCGUCUAGUGACCCUGAAGCUGCCGCCAUGCUCGACUCCGCCGCCGCCGCUGCUGCUGAUCACAACGGUCCUAUUGUUCUUAUCGUUGUCGGGAUGGCCGGCUCGGGAAAGACGACGCUCACUCAACGCCUCACGGCAGAAUGUAUCCAGCGGAAGUCUCCUCCCUACAUAAUCAAUUUAGACCCAGCCUGUCAUAAUCCGCCUUAUCCGGUCAACAUUGAUAUUCGGGACACGGUUAAUUAUAAGAAGGUCAUGCAAGUUUACAACCUCGGACCAAACGGAGCCAUCGUCACGUCCCUUAAUCUCUUUGCGACAAAGUUUAACCAGGUUUUAUCCCUCCUCCUAGAAAAGAAGAAGAAGCAUCAAUACAUAAUUAUCGACACUCCCGGACAGAUCGAAGUCUUCAUGUGGUCCGCGUCCGGUAGCAUUAUCACCGAAUCGCUGGCCGCCCUCUUUCCCACUGUGUUAAUCUACGUCACCGACCUCAUCACCAACAAAAACCCGGUCACAUUCAUCUCCAAUAUGACGUACGCAUGUUCAAUCCUUUACAAGACCAAGCUUCCACUUGUCAUCACGCUCAACAAGCGCGACCAGGUCGACCCCUCCUACGCAACGGCCUGGAUAACCGACUUCGAAGCGUUCGAAGAUGCUGUAAGAAAGCGGGACGACUACUCGGCAAACCUCGCCUCCUCCCUCGCCCUCAGCAUGGAAGAGUUUUACAAAAAUAUCGACUUCACCAUUGUCUCCGCCGCGGAUGGAUUCGGAAUGGACGAAUUUUUCAAUUCUGUACAAAAAGCUGUCACCGAUUAUGAAACCGUGUAUCGCCCCAUGUACCAGAAAAUGCAGGAAGACCGCAUCGCCGCACAAGAAAAGAGGAAAGCGAAACAGAUGCAGAAAUUGAGGACGGAUUUAUCUUCGUCAGCACGUAGUACUAGUGACGACGCUGCUGAAGAACCGUCCUGUUUCAUUCGUUCUGGACAUGACGCCGGGGCAGGAUUGUCACUCAGAUUGGAUGAUGAAGAUGAAGACACGAGUGACGAGGAUGCCGAGAAGGAAGAUAAUUUAGGGCUUCUUAAGAGAGAUGCAGACCAGGAUGAGGAAACAUUUGGCGAAACUUUUACGCGACAUGUGGAGAGUAAAAAGGACGCAGCAUUGACAAAAGAUCCCACUAUGGGGAAGAAGUAAAUGAGAACGACGGUAAUAAAUCCUGAAGAAACUCGAUUUAAUUUUUGUAUACAGAAUAAUUAAAAUUAAUUAAAUACAUAUUUUGUAAAAUUACUUGAUAAAAACGUUUAUAAAAGAAUUACUUUAUAUAUAAAAAA